AUGGACAACGCGGCCUUCGAAGGCAGUGGCUCCGCCGUGCACGAACCCGUCGUCAGGCGACGAGCUUUGAUUCAGAGGAGCUUGCGGCUGCAACCCGAGGAGCAGCGGUUCUUGGAUGCGGUGCGGGACGGCGACAUCCUCGGACUGAGAGCCGUGCUUCAGGCGCACCCGUUGCUGGACGUGAACUGCUGCGACAUGCGGGGCCUGCGGGCACUGGAGGUGGCCGCGCAGAACGGCGACGUCGAGCUGAGCGUCGAGCUGCUCAGGUUGCGCGCGCUGGACGCGGACCACGUGCAGAGUGCCCUGCUAGUGGCCAUACAGCGCGGAGACAUACGUCUCACGCGCAUCCUGCUCGACGGAGCGCAUGGGCCAUGCACUGUGCCAGUUGGCAACAUGACCCCUCUCAUGGCAGCUGCUAUCGCUGGCGACCUCGAGAUCACCAAAAUGCUUCUGGACAGAGGCCACACAAUUCAGAAGCCACAUGAACCUGGAUGUCGGUGCGCCGAGUCGUGCCGCGAGCAGGCCGCACGCCACGGCGAGCGACUGUCUCAGUCGCAGCUGCGUCGCAACGCCUUCCGCGCGCUCAGCAGCCCCGUGCACAUCCUGCUCACGUCGGACGACCCCGUGCUCAGCGCGUUCACGCUCAGCCGGGAGCUACGCGAGCUGGCGCAGAGCGUGCCCGAGUUCCAGAAUGAGUACGAGGAGAUGGCUGAGCAGUGUUCGCGCUUUGCGGCCGCCAUCCUCGGCGCCUGCAAAAACACUGAGGAAGUGGAGACGGUGCUCUCGCAGCCAGAGGGUUUCCCAACAAACAGACCUUUCCGUUUUCCACGGCUCUCUCUGGCGAUUCUCUUGGACCAAAAGAACUUCGUAGGACACGCGAACUGCCAACAGGUCCUGCGUUCUCUGUGGUACAAGGGCCUGCCAGGCUGGCCCGCAUGGUCCACAGCUCGCAAGGCUGCUCACGUCGCUGGCCAAGCGCUGGCAACGCCCUUCCUGGGCGUUGCAUACAUCUUCACGCCAGAACCCAUGCGGGUGUUGAAGCCAUUGCGUGUGCCCCUGAACCGCUUCGUGCACAGCUGCACCUCGUACGCGACGUUCCUAGUCCUCCUUACAAUCUCGCUCUUCUACGGCCGGCGGGACAGCUUCAAGCUGCGCGUGCUGUGGUCCGAGAUCCUCGUCGGCGUUUGGAUAGUGGGCUACGUGUGGGAGCUGGCGCUCAGCGCCUGGGCGCUGGGUGCCCGCGUAUUUCUCAGUUCCUGGUGGGCCGUGUACGACGUCUGCAUGUUCGGCCUGUUCCUCGUGGCUGAAAUACUCUGGUUCAUUGUGUUCGUCUCGGCCCGCACACUCCAGGAGAGCAUUGACCGCUCCCAGUGGCCGUGGUACCACCCGUACCUCAUUGGCGAGUCUCUGUACGCCAUAGCCACAGUGCUGGCCUUUUGUCGGCUGCUGCUGUGGUGCCAGAUCCUGCAGAUGUUCGGACCUCUGACAGUGUCACUGCUCUACAUGCUUCGCGAUGUGGUGCGUUUUAUGCUGCUACUGGGAAUCGUCUACUUCGGCUUUGCAGUCGGAAUCAGCUCUAUCUACAAGAAUUACGCCGGAAAUGAGGCCACGCUCUCCAACGGAACCACACUACACCAGCCGCCGAACUUUACAAGCCUCGGUCGUGCACUCAAGUACCUCUUCUGGGCCCUAUAUGAGUUGGGCACACCGGAGAUCGCCGACAUUGUUGUCUCCGGAGACGCGACACGGCCGGGCGGCAGGAUCGUGACCCACAACUUCACCGAGUUCGUCGGAUAUGCCCUCUGGGGCCUGUACCACAUCGUGUCGGUCAUCGUGCUACUCAAUGUUCUCAUCGCCAUGAUGACCGACAGCUUCCAAAGGGUUCAGGGUAACGCCUACACAGAGUGGAUCUUCGCCAGGUCGUCCCAGUGGAUAUCGUACUUGGAUAUCAAUGCUGGUGCGCCACCCCCUCUCAAUUUGUUCCCCACAGCAAGAUGCCUCCGCCUGUGCUACAAGUUGCACUUUGCCAAGAAAGGAAUGCGCAAAGCAAUUCCGUCAUCGAGCCGGAGGUCGUCUUGCUUCCACGACUGGGAGUUCGAUGACCCCUGUGGCACGGGCCGGCGCCUUUCCUACCAGGACCUGGUUGUCGCACUCAGCAGGCGAUAUCUGCAGCUGCGGGACAUCGCCGACCGCGAGCUCUACGAAGUGAACCGGUCGUCGUCACGGACGAACAGCCGCAUCGAGACGACGCUCUACGCGGACAGUGCCGAGUUGCGCCGCCAAUCCGUCAUGCUCAGAAAUCCUUCCAGACUGAGGCGCCCUUAAACGCUGACAAUGGAACGGACAAUCUCUAACCACGCACAAACCGUAUCAAAGCCUGCCUCCCGCAAUCACUUCUGUGUGUCCCGGUCCUGCACAUUUCUUUGGCAAUAAACCAGGCCGUGGAAAGACGGCCGCACUCAUGUUAUGCGCACUAAUAAAUGGUUAAUUUCAAAUUCA